AGAGGAAGUGAAAAGAAUCUGAAAGCUAGCUCUCGGCCUGUUGCUGACAAGGACCUGCUAUCUCGCGGGCACAGCUGCAACACUUUCUGGACAGGAGGAGUGGGACUUGGAAUCAAAGACUCAGACCUGGGCUCUUCGAUUGCACCUGGAAGAAGAAGGCUCCGGACUGCCAAGGAAACAUGCCCUCUUCGCACUGGACCACAUGGGCCUGGAUGCUUCUCCUUUCUGGCUGUGCUAUGGGAUGGCCGAAGCAAAGCAGCUCUGCCAGGAGUGACAUCAGAGACUGCACUACAUCCCCUCCGUUCCUGCCCCCCACGGCGACGGACACGAGUGCACAGCUAAAUGCCCUGCGCCAGCGCAUGCAGUUCUAUAACAUCAGUGCCUACAUCAUCCCAGCCACCGAUGCACAUAUGACACCAUGA